UGGGAGGCGCAGCGCGGUUGGAGGCCACUCCAGAGAACCCCGGGAGCAGAAGCAGCAGCCGCUACCAGUGUCCGCGGAGUCCACCAAGCCGGCCAUGGCGUUGUCGAUGCCGCUGAACGGACUGAAGGAGGAAGACAAAGAUCCCAUCAUUGAGCUCUUCGUUAAGGCCGGCAGUGAUGGUGAAAGCAUAGGAAACUGCCCCUUCUCCCAGAGGCUCUUCAUGAUUCUGUGGCUCAAAGGAGUUGUGUUCAGUGUCACCACUGUUGACCUGAAAAGGAAGCCUGUCGACCUGCAGAACUUGGCUCCUGGGACCCACCCGCCAUUUAUAACUUUCAACAAUGAAGUCAAAACGGAUGUAAACAAGAUUGAAGAAUUUCUUGAAGAAGUCUUAUGCCCUCCCAAGUACUUAAAGCUUUCCCCAAAACACCCAGAAUCAAAUACUGCUGGGAUGGACAUCUUUGCCAAGUUCUCUGCAUAUAUUAAGAACUCAAGGCCAGAGGCUAAUGAAGCGCUGGAGCGAGGCCUCCUGAAGACGCUGCAGAAACUGGAUGAGUACCUGAACUCCCCCCUCCUGGAUGAGAUCGACGAGAACAGUAUGGAGGACGUUAAGUUUUCCACACGGAAGUUCCUGGACGGCAAUGAAAUGACACUGGCUGAUUGCAACCUGUUGCCCAAACUGCACAUCGUCAAGGUGGUGGCCAAAAAAUACCGCAACUUUGAUAUUCCAAAAAGGAUGACCGGCAUUUGGAGAUACCUAACUAAUGCUUAUAGUAGGGAUGAGUUCACCAAUACCUGCCCCAGCGAUAAGGAGGUCGAAAUAGCGUAUAGUGAUGUAGCCAAAAGACUUACCAAGUAAAAGAGCGCUAUGAGAGAGAUGUCUUCACAUCUCAUCCUGAUUACGAAUAUGCUUUUCCUAACAGACUGAUUCUCUUCCUAUAAAGUAGAAACUUUAUUUUGCAUGAACAUGGCAGUUACUCAAGAUUAGGAUAAAGGAUAGAUGAGGUAUAGUAGCUAUCUUUGAACAUACACUCCUAAGCAGUAUUAUUUUAAAAUUUUCUACCCUGCCUACCUCCCCUGCCCCGUACCCUCCUCUCCUCUCAUUGGAGACCCUUCACCACAAACUUGUUACAUCAGAGGGAGUUUGCCGCCUCCCCAGAGCCCUCACCGUGGUGUCCAUUCACUGUGUAUUGACGGCAGGACUUUUGAGGUGUGGCGUUCAGCUGUGGAAAUAGCAACCAUGACCUCAUCAGUCCGCCCCACACUGGUGCAUAAUGCAUGGUACAGGAAUAUUUAUGUGUUUGGGGGAGUCUUGUAAUACUCAGUGAGAGUAUAUGAAAGGAUUGCUACUGUAUCAAAACACCGCUCCGUCUAGGUUUAGUCUGUCCCGGAUGUGUGCUGAAGGGGGUCACCACCGGAGGGGGGAGCCUUCCGCCCAGGUCACUAGAGAUUUUGCUGUUUUACUUCGUAUGUGGGUUUUCACUUUUCCUAAAAGCAUCUGUCCAUUAUACCAGUUGUAGCAUCUGACCCUAUGGAGAAGCUAAAAGUUUAGAGGGAGGGAUAAUGUUCUCAAUCUUUCUCAAGAACUUUAUCCAUACACAAUAAGCCAGUGGGCACCUGAUACUCCGUCUGGAUGUGGUAUUUGCUCUGUGUACUUUGCCCGGUGCCAUUCAUCUGGAAUGCUACCACUCUCUCCCUUUAUUUUAAAAGGCUCCUUUUCAGGUAGAUGUGCACCUUGCUGUUUGUAGGUCUUCUGAGCAACACUACAUAUACUGGUAUUUUAGUUGAUUUGGCUUUAGCAGCACAGUGGUUAGUAAGGUAGAAAUUAACACAGAAAUUGACCUAACGGGGUGGGUCUGUCAAACAGUCAGGUAGACUUCUGUUUCUAAAGCACGUGUAAUGUGGGUAAUCUAAAGACUGCAUUGUCCACCCUGUGUUAAAAAUGAGAUAAAACGCACAGAGUGGCAGCUUUUCCAUCCCACCCUCAUUUGCCAUUCAACAUUGGGUAGAGGGUGGCUCCCUCCUUUGGACUAAAUUAUGGUUGUUAGGGUGAGGGUGCAUUCACUGCGGUUUUGCCUAAUGUCGAUCAUAGUGUUUCCUUCAGUUACAUUUCUCCGCAGCCAGACUGAGGAGCAGCACUCGGCGUGUCUGUUUGCCGUUCAAACGGAAGUCUCAAACCAGGAGUGACUUGUGUGCUCCGACAAGGGAGGGUGAACUUGGGGAGAAUAAAACAAAAGCUUGCCAUGUAUUUUUUCAUUUUAAAAAUAAAACUAGACCUUCUGAGUAUUGCUCCAAAGCUGGGGUUGUGAUUAACAAUAGAUUUUUGGGUAAUUUUUUUAUGCCUAACUUGUUUAAGAAGUGCUAUUUCUCAUAGGUUAUUUUCGGAAAUCAUAAGUGUCUUGCUUUAAAAUGGCAAUGAUCUCCUCCCUUUGAUGUGCUGACAUUCAGUAAACACUGCCUUUAUGGAAGCAGCCGGGUUUUUAUGAGCAUACUGCAUUUUUUAACCUGUCAGGAAUUAGCUUAGUGGAGAAAGAUAAGAAAAGCUCCAUGUUGUGUCCAUUUGGCUCAGGGAGAUUUGCUUUACCUUUCUUAAAACUCCUUAUUGCCGAUCAAAAGUGCGCACCCACCUCUUGCAGUUGAGUAUCGGAUGCUGAUUCAUCUGGCUCCAGGAAGAAGCACUAUCAGGUUAUCUACAGAGAUGCUGUAGCAGUAGCUUCAGUGGGGGAAACGCACGUCUGCGCCAGGACACAGACAGCCAAUCAGCACUUUCCAUCUCUAAAUUUUUAAAUAGUGGUGACUUGGCAUGCAGGUGAUACCGAACCUUGCCUCCAAGCUCAAAGGGAGCAGAAGAUGCAGAAGAAGGGGUGUCCGUGCUUCCCGGUGAAUGGGGAACUGAGUGGUGUGGAGUGGAGGGCUGAUGAGGAAGGACCACCAUUCCUCAAAGGAGAGUGAUGAUGAAAAGUACGUUCUGAAACUCAGUUGUGAAGUAUUUUUACCUUGGAUAUUUAUUCUCUACCUUUAAAAAAAUAUUUAUCCCCUGAUUCUCUUGCCUGUCCUCUCGAUGGCCAAGGAAGGUAGGUCAGUUAGGAUUUUGAUGAGGGCAAAGUUAUUUUUCUGUAUAGAAAGACCUUAUUAGUUUAUCAGGGAAGUUAGUCCAAUGGAAUUGAGAUUAGCAAAUUGACAAAAGCCAGAAAAUAGGAUGAUCCCAGCAAAUGCUUGUCUAACCCAUCUGCUAUUUGUAGGAAGUUCAUAGCUUAAGUCUUAGGAGAUUUGGGGAGAAAAGUAACCAUGUAGUAGUGUGUGGGUUCACGUAGUGGAAAUCACCUGAUAUUAUUUCUGCAACUACCGUAUCAUCUCCUUCAUUUAAACCAACAAGGAGGUUGGCAUCUGCAUGGAGGCCCUGCCCGUUUCCCAAGGGAUUCUGGGAAGUUUUGUGUUGGACAGUUGGAAAGCUCUCUGCUGUUUCAGUUGACGACUUCCUUAAAAAAAUAAAUGCAAAUGCAAAUUUUUGUA